UCCUUCCGCUAGUCUGCAGAACACGUGUAGUCAGUUGUUCCGUCUGAUGUUGCUUUGAAUUGGCUUACGAUUUAUGUCGAACUGUUGCUGGGAUUGUGAAGUUUUAAAGUAAUGGACGAAUACUAUUUUGAAAGUGGAAAAUUGCCUAUGUCUAUUGCAAACAAACAAUUUGACCCUGUUUGGCUGACGGUUGAGAAUGAUCUUAAUGAGGAUGGUGUUGUUUAUUUGUCUAAGGAAGCAAUAGAUUCACUUGAGCUCUCCUCAGGAGACUCAGUUCUUAUUAAAGGAAAACAGAAUAAAGAGACAGUCAGUAUUCCACAUGCUGAUGAUGCCAUUAUUGAUUUCAACGAAAUUAGAAUGGACUCUAGUAUCAGAGACUACUUGCGUGUUAGCCUGGGUGAUAAAGUGUUAUUGUCUCCUGUGAAGUACAACAAGUUUGGCAAAAUCAUUCAUGCUUUGAAUGAAGACUAUGCGAUGAUUGCAAAAUCUGAUGUUAGUGAUGUAGAUGGGCUUGUGAAAGAACUACCAAAUUUGGAGCUGGGAGGUCCUUCGGGUGACACAUCUGAUGUGGAUAAAAAUGUUGAUGAAAAGAAACUUGUUCUAUUCAACAGCGUCGUCGUUCCAGUUCCAGACACGGUAUCAGAAUGCAUCGUUGAAGUGCAGUCUCAACGUGAAAAAGAAGAAAGACUUAUGAAACCUAAUUUCGAAGAAAUAAUGCGUUUUUGUGCGAUUAUUUAAAGUUUUUUUUUUUUUUUUUACUAAUUUACACUUUUUUGGCCCGAGUAACUACUUGAUGCGAGUAAACCAAGAUAAAUUUUAAAAA